ACAAUCUAAUUUAAUUAUGUGCGUAAAUUGAAAGCCAACUCCACCAUCCUAUAAAUACUCGUUUCCAACCUGCCUUCAUUUCUCUCUCCAUCUCACCCUCUCUCACAUCAAUUCCGCCGAAUUCAAUGGCUUUACCUAAUCAGCAAACUGUUGAUUAUCCUAGUUUCAAGCUUGUCAUCGUCGGCGAUGGUGGCACUGGAAAAACUACUUUUGUUAAGAGGCAUCGUACCGGGGAGUUUGAAAAGAGAUAUGAACCAACUAUUGGUGUAGAGGUUCACCCAUUGGACUUCACCACAAACUGUGGGAAAAUAAGAUAUUACUGCUGGGAUACUGCCGGACAGGAGAAAUUUGGAGGUCUUAGAGAUGGUUACUAUAUCCACGGACAGUGUGCUAUCAUUAUGUUUGAUGUUACAGCCCGACUGACAUACAAGAAUGUUCCAACUUGGCAUCGUGAUCUUUGCAGGGUCUGUGAAAAUAUCCCCAUUGUUCUCUGUGGGAACAAAGUUGAUGUGAAGAACAGGCAAGUGAAGGCAAAGCAGGUUACAUUUCACAGGAAGAAGAAUCUGCAAUACUAUGAGAUAUCUGCAAAGAGCAACUACAACUAUGAGAAGCCUUUCUUGUACCUUGCCAGGAAACUUGCUGGGGAUGGUAAUCUGUACUUUACAGAGGAGGUUGCCCUUAUUCCGCCUGAAGUACAAAUUGACCUGGCUGCGCAACAAAUGCAUGAAGCAGAACUUGCCCAAGCAGCUGCGCAGCCAUUGCCAGAUGACGAUGAUGAUGCAUUUGAGGCUUAAUUAGUGGGGCAGGCUCUCAGGAUCACUCUUUAGUAGUUUUGACCUUUAGGGGAUGCACCUUCUGAAGAACACCAUACUUUGUUUUAAUAUAAAAUCAUAUGCAUGUCUAUUACUCUUAUCAUCUAAGUACAAGUUAAAUACGAAGUAGUCUCUGUUGUGACUUUCGUCCUUUUGUCAAAUGUUGAUUAUGGUAUAUACAAAUUUGGAUAUGCAUGUAGGAAA